CCCCCACACACACUCUCGACACACACUCUCUCCCUCUCUACUUUACACCUCUCUCACACCCGCACACACACAACACACACCACACACACACAUUCAACUACCAAGUCCACACACACCCUCCCCUCCUUCUCCUCCUCCUCCCCGCACACACCACCCACAGCCAUGGUCUCCAACCUGCACCUCGUCCUUGCUGCCUGCGUCCUGGCAUGUCUGGCCCACGCUACCGCAACUACCAUCUCGGUCGACGCCCCCACCCCGCUGUGGACCGAGUGCUCGAACACCUCGCACGGCUUCACCGUCACCAACCUCUCGCUCAGCCCGGACCCGCCUGUGCUUGGGAAGAACAUGACCGUCACCAUCACUGGCGACCUGUCUGAGGCCAUCUCGGCCGGUGAGUUUUCCGUCAACUUCACCUUCGCAGACGUCCCCGUCUCGCGCACCACCGUCUCGGUCUGCGACAUUGCAACAUGCCCUGUCCCCCCCAAUCCCUCCGCCGUCUUUGUCUUCCAGGCCAUCCUUCCCAGCCAAGCGCCCACGGGACCGUACGUCACCAACAUCAUCCUCAGCAACUCCUCGCUCGCCCAGGUCGGCUGUGUCAAUGUCCGCUUCGACAUCUCCACCGGCCUCGCCCUCGACCACGACCACGACAUCGACACUCUCGGCGAUAGCCCCCUCGACGGCUCUUGAGCCACUUCCCUUUGCUCGUUCCGAUCCCUGACACACACCCCCACCCCUACCUACCGUUCCGUGCCGCUCGAGUCAACUCGGGAACUCGACGGCCGCCUCGCUCGGUGCCCCAUCUCACUGUCAAAGACCAAAGACUUUAAGA